CAUCCUGUGCUUAAGUGCUUCACACAGUUGCUUGAAUCCUAGCCUGGGCCCUCCAUCAUCAGAGCCGAGGGCUAGACAAGACAUCGUUUACAGCUUUAGGGUAGUUAACUGUAGAUAUUAUCUUGUCCAUCAUACUUUGUCCAGGUCCUUGUUGUGAUUUCGUGCGUUUCAUAGCACUAUCAGGUAGCUGACGCAUGACGAGUUAAGUCACUGUGAAUGCCGGGAAUUGGUGCCCUGUGGGAUUCGCUUGUGGACUGCAUCUGUCGCCCACCAAGGGACGAGUACAUAUAUCCCGAUGAACUAGUUGGGGGUCGACGAGGACACUUCCGAGUUGGCCGCUAUCCGGGCAUCCGCGAGGACCUGACGCUGAUUAACAAGCGCGGGCUGCGGCUGCAGUGCAGUCACUACUUUCCCCGCCACGUGAAGGGCAGGGAUGGGCGGCUGCCCUGCGUCAUCUAUUGCCACUGCAACAGCGGCAGCCGCAGGGAUGCCGAGGAGGCGAUCUGCGUGCUCGUCCCAAUCGGCGUCAGCGUCUUCACCCUCGACUUUGCGGGCAGCGGCUUGUCAGAUGGUCAAUGGGUGACCCUUGGGUCGGAGGAGGUGGAGGAUGUGGAGGCGGCGGUGGAGCACCUGCGGGCAGGCGGGCGGGUAUCCACGCUGGGGCUGUGGGGUCGCAGCAUGGGAGCGGUCACGGCGCUGCUGUACUCGCAGCGAGAUCCCUCCAUUGCGGGCAUGGUUCUCGACUCCCCCUUCGCCCGCCUGACGGACCUGAUGCUGGAGAUCGUAGCCGAGCAGCGGCUGCCCAUACCCCGCCCCCUGGCGCGUCUGGCCCUGGCUGCCAUGCGGCGAUCCGUCAACAAGCGUGCGGGUUUCGACAUCACGCGGGUUUCCCCCUUGGACGCGGUUUCGCGCUCCUUCAUUCCCGCGCUAUUCGGGCACGCCACCGGGGACACCUUCAUCCGUAUUUCGCAUGCGGAGGCGCUGCAUGCGGCGUAUGCGGGCGAUAAGAACCUCAUACGGUUUGAGGGAGACCACAACAGCCGCCGACCGCAAUUCUUCUACAACAGCGUCUCCAUCUUCUGGCACAACACCCUGCAGCUCGAGCACCUUCUAGAGCCAGCCGACAUACCCCUCUCCCCACCCACGCAUGGACGCAUGGGCCCCGCCACCACCGCCUCCUCCCUCUCCACCACCACAGCCCCAGCCAGAGCACCCGCAACAGCAGCCACCACCACAGCAGCAGCAGCAGCGGCAGGAGCUGCUGCCGUACUCUCCUCCUCCCCCUCGCCACCACUGCCUCAACCACCAGGCCGACCCUUGAGGCCGCCUGUACAGUCACCCUCCCACGCACCUUCGCCCUCCGGUGCUGCUGCUGCUCAUGCUGCUACUGCUACCGCGGCUAGUGCUGCAGCAGCUGAAUCUCGUACGACAGAUGGCGGUGGAGAUGAUGACGCGAACAGUGCUGUGGAUGUAGCGGCGCCCGGGGGAUCAGUGUACGGCAGGUCAGCUCCCUGGGAGCCGCGCAUGUGGGAGUGGGAUGUGGACAGGUCGGAACGAGAGCGACAGCGGUUUCGAAGGAUGGCUGGAGGUCUUCCCAGCCCCCUCGGGGCAGCCGCAGGAGGCGCCUCAAACCACUCCGAAACCUCCACCGCUUCCACCUCAGUCGGCGGCGCCCUGCCGCUGUCACCCCUGAGCGGCGGCAGCGGGGCGGCGGCCACUGGCAGCGGUACCACGAACGGCGGCGGCGGCGGGAGUGCCCGCGGCCCUGGCAGCAACGGCGUGGCUGCUACGUCUAAUCGAGGCUACCCAACUAGUGCGGAGCUCGCACACUUGCUUGCGAAUGCAAACGAUCACUCCGUUGUGACUCGGCUGCUAGGGGAGGAUCCAAACUGGUCGGAUGGCGCCGCAGCAGCAGCGAGAGGAGGAGGAGAAGCGGGGGCAGAAGCUGCUUCGGGUGGAGGCGACGGCGGUAGUGACCCACGGGUCGCGCAACAGCAGCAGCUUGGAGGCAUGGGUGCAGGUAUUGGCGCCGACGGGCUGUUGUUAUUGCCUGGCAGCCUGGAAGAGGAGGAGGAGCAUUUGAGGGCGGCCUUGGAGCUUUCGCUAAUGGAGGCAGCAGCAGCGGCGGAGGCUGCAGUAGCGGAUGCCAAUGGGUCACCAGUGGGGAAAGGAAUCGCUACCGAGGGGCUUGUCGGGAGGUACGGCGUGGGCACUGAGGCUACAGCAGAGGUGUCCGCAACCGCUGUUAGUGCAGCGGUGGGUCGGAUGUCCCCUGAGGCAGCAGCAGCUGUUGCUUCAGGGGCGUCGGCUACCCCGCUUGUCCCGCCACAUUUGGCUUCAUCGUCAUUGUCAUCCCCCGGUACGGCGACCGUUGCUGCGGUUAGCAGUACGGCAGUUGGCAGCGGCGGCGGCGACCUAUUGGUAUUCUCGCCCGAUGAAAGGGGCCAAGGCGACCUCCUUUUACACGGCUCCCCGCCUCCCCAUCAACAACAGCAGCACCCAUAUCCCACCCGACUGCCGCCCUUGCCGUCUGACUACCUCACUUUCACUCCUUCCCCCGCACCCUCCGCCUCUGCAAGCUCCUCUACCUCGCCCUGGCGGCAGGUGGGCCCCGCCACCAUGCAACAACCACCAACCGACACCAGCAACGGCCUUGGAUCCUCUCCAAUGCGACAACAACCCGAUACUGUCGUACCGGUACCCGGUAGCAGCAGCGGCGCGGCCUCCGCCAGCAGCCCCUCCUCCCAGCUGGGUCGCCCGCAACCGCACCAGCCGCAUGCGUACCAACCUCUGGUGGCGACGACGGCGGAUGCCCUAAACAGCCCUGGUGCCGUGGUCUCCGCCGCAUCGUGGCCGAUGGCAACGGCGGCGGCACCUGUGGAAGGUACGGCAGCGACAACAAGCCCCGCUGGCAGCGGCAGCGGCGUCAUACCUGUACGACAGGGUGGUGGUGGUGUCGGCGCCGUCGGAGGGUACCCAGGCGGUGGUGGGGGAGGCUACUAUAAUGGUGGCGGUGGUGCUGCGAUGAGCUUAUACGACAUGUGUACGGAAGAGGAGCUCUUAGCGUUGGCUGUGCAGCUGUCGUUGCAGGAAAAGGGGUGAUCUGGACGAGGGCAGAAGGAAGGGGCGCGGGGCAGUGACUAUGGAAACAGGUUUUCUUUAUAGAGGAGUUUACUGCGGACGGACGGGCGCGACUGGGCUCAAGGAUGGAGGAGAGGGGGAUGUAAGGUGGAAAAAGGGAGAGCGAGAUGGGCGGGUGGCUAAGGAGUAGAGCUGUGUGGCAGGCGGUGCGUUCUGUGGUGGAGUAGCUGAUGUUGACCCUUCCCCUUGGGCUGCCAGGCUGGGCUCACUAUUUAGAUAAUGGGACCUGCAUGGCGUGUAUGAUAGUUAUGCUUCGGUACUAAGAUACGUAGGCGGAGAGAGCGCGGCGGCGGAGAGUGCAGGAUGGCCAUGAUGGCUUGCUUUGCAGCAAGUGAUUGUGUAAAAGUAUGUCUUUUUACGGGGAACAGUGACGGGCAGGAGUUCUUUAUCCAUACCGGUGCUCGCUGCGAACCAUUGUGUGGUUGCUGUUACUUCAAGACGUCCUAGCAAUGCGUCCAAAUGCUGACGUUCCAG